AGAGACAUCCGCAUGUAAAUAGCUCAAUAUUUUUGCUAAGAUGGUGAAGAUAGAAAGGAGGGAAAAUGAAAAUGAAAACUCGGAAUAUACAUUAACGCAAAAGAUAAUCAAAACAAUUUUCUUAGUGUUAACAUGGGCUAUGAUAGGUCUAUACACAGAAAUAUCAGGAAUAACACAGAAAGACCUAAUCAUCAAAACGAACUCUGACUAUGAACUGGUUUCACGAGCAAUUUCCGGACGUAGUUUUGGCUAUUUCAUUGGGUCGUUUAUCGGCGGUCCCUUAGUCGACAAACUAGGGAACUACUGUGACCUAAUGAUAGCCAUAAGUUUAGACGGAGCAGCCAUAGCAACAAUCAUAGCACCUUAUUCAUCGAACGUUGGUAUGUUAGGAGUUUUAUUGGUAAUAGGCGGUACAUUUGAAGGAGUAAUAAAUAUAGCUGGGCAGAAACUGAUUUUAAAUCUCUGGAAACGGAAGGCAACUGGACCACUUCACAUCUUACACUUUGGUUUUGGAAUGGGAUCCUUCAUCGUUCCACAAAUUGCCAAUCCGUUCUUAGCUGUCCUCGCCCCAUCGGUAGAUAUAACAAAUGUAUCAAGCAUAAACGGAACAAAAUCACCGUUUGUAAUUGAUCCAGUAACUGUAACAGCCAUUACCACAAAUAAAACAACGACAGCAAUAUUUCUUAAAAAGUCGAAAAUAGAAUCGGCCUACUUGAUUGUGUCAAUCAUAGUUGCUUCAUUAUCUGUUGUAUUUUUUCUAUAUCAAUUUUGCAAUCGUACAACAGUCUACGCGCAUGUGCAUGUUCCAGGUGAAGUUAAAGAAUCCAACUUCCGGAAAGCAGUCAAGUUAGUGGAUCCGGCCACAUGCGCAGAUGGUAACCGCUGCUUUGGUGUGCAAAUAUUUCUGUUAAUAUUCUUAUAUUUUUUCAACGCAGUUGGUGGCGAGAGAAUGUACAGCAAAUUUAUUAGGAGUUAUGCCAUUGAUAAGCAUAAUUUUUCCGGAGAUGACGGUUCUCUUAUAAACACAACAUUCUGGAUCUGUUUUGCGAUCGGCAGACUGACUGGACUAUUAACUGGAAGAUUUAUACCUGUCCGUAUUCUGAUUGUAAUUGAAGCAUCUGGCGUUCUAGUAACAGCUAUCCUACUGGAAAUAUUUGCACGCGAAAACGACCUGGCCCUGUGGGUACUUACCUGUCCAAUGGGAUUCUUUCUUUCGCAAUUAUUCCCAACCGGAAUUGGUUGGGGAGACUUCCAUGUUGAAUUUACGGGGAUAGCGAUCACAUUUGCCCUAAUGGGUGGUGCUUUGGGUGGCGUUUCGUAUCUAUGGGUGCUUGGAUAUCUUUACGAAUACCAAGGCUAUGACAUGUUUCUACAUCAGUUAGUGUUUUAUGGAGGAUGUAUGAUGUUUUUCACCAUUAUCAUGACAAUAGUUGGAAUAAAACAUGGCGGACGGUUUGAGAGGGAUACCGAAGGACAUGCAGAUGAAAAUGCAAUCGAACUUGAUGAACUUGAUGAAGACAUUACAUGUAUCAAUGAUGAAGCUUAAUUCAUACAAUACAGAAUGUGUGUCAACCAAACGCUAUUCCGCGAACACAGUUAUCGUUCCUUGAUUGUCAUUGUCUGAUAAAUAGUCACUUGUGUGGACAGUGUGGUAGUUGUCAUUUCUAAUUAUACCCUUUCCAAAUGUAUAUCUUUAAGUCAUAUGCAUCACCUAGCAAGUUCAGGGAAACUAAAAUAACACUGUAAAAAUUUUUGCAUGCAUUUUAAAGAAAAGAACUGUUUUGAUCAAGCUAAAAAAGGCUAAACUUAAGUAUGUUGGAAGCUGUAAAAAAUCAUAAAAUUGUCCAUAUUUUGAGUAACAGCUGAUGAAGUUAUUUUAUUUUGAUAUAAUUAUUUCAAAAAGCACUGUACAUGUAACAAUUAUGAUACAAAUACGGAGAAGGUCAGAUGCAGAUCCAGCUUUUUUAAAAG